AACAGAAAAACUCGUCUCUUCACCGAGUUACGAUAUGGAAACGAAAAUCAGUAUCCCGCCGGCCGCCGCUACCACCACAUUAUACUUUCGUUGAGGGCAUUUGCGUCACCGCCGAAAGUCAAUGGCAAUAUUGAGAAUAAAUAAAAAAACAAAUGGUCACAAUUUCAUACCCACACACAACAACAUCAAUUAGUUAAUAAAAUAAAGUUGGAUCAAGAUCACGCCUCGUCUCCCUGGUUCAGUCAAAGAGGAAAACUCUGACCCUGAUUUGCUAUUUAAUUCAGGGUGGUGCAGCUUUUCUGUUCUGGAGAAUAUCUUGAUCGAUUUGAAGGAAAACCCAAGAUGGGUUUGGUUGAAUAUUUCAAUUCCGUAGAUUGGGAGCAUGAAUCGUAUCCAGAGUACGAGGAUUUCGUUUUUCUUCCCUUCUUCGCUCUGUUAUUCCCUUCAGUGCGAUUCUUUCUUGACAGAUUUGUUUUUGAGAAAGUGGCAAAAAGAUUAAUUUUUCGAAAGGGGUAUCGGAUGCUGAAUGUUGAGACUGAUGAGACAAGGAAGAAGAUCAGAAAAUUUAAGGAGUCAGCUUGGAAGUGUGUGUAUUAUCUUUCAGCAGAGGUUCUAGCUCUCUCUGUAACAUAUGAUGAGCCAUGGUUUACCAACACAAUAAACUUUUGGGUGGGACCAGGAGAUCAAGUCUGGCCUGACCAAAAAAUGAAGUUUAGAUUGAAGGCUGUUUAUAUGUAUGUUGCUGGAUUUUACACAUAUUCUAUAUUUGCUCUGAUUUUCUGGGAAACAAGGCGGUCAGAUUUCGGUGUGUCAAUGGGUCAUCAUGUGGCAACUGUAAUUCUCAUUAUCCUUUCUUACAUAUUAAGGUUUGCUCGUGUUGGAUCAGUUGUAUUAGCUCUCCAUGAUGCUAGUGAUGUAUUUCUGGAGAUAGGAAAGAUGUCCAAAUACAGUGGUGCUGAGGCAAUGGCUAGCUUCACAUUUGUCCUUUUUGUCUUGUCAUGGAUCUUGCUUCGCCUAAUUUACUAUCCAUUCUGGGUCCUAUGGAGUACCAGCUAUGAAGUCGUCCAGACCGUGGACAAGAAAAAACACCCUGUGGAUGGGCCGGUUUAUUACUAUGUCUUUAAUUCUCUCCUAUAUUGCUUGCUUGUUCUUCAUAUAUAUUGGUGGGUCUUGAUGUUUCGAAUGCUUGUUAAACAAAUCCAAGAAAGAGGCCAUCUUAGUGAUGAUGUUCGAUCUGAUUCUGAUAGUGAAGAUGAGCAUGAAGAUUGACCAGGAAAAGAUAACAUCCCGCGAUUCACAAAAGAUGGGAAGCAUCCGUUGUUUGCAUCAUUGAUGCGCUCAAAUGAAACAGACUGUAUGUCAAAAAAAAUUGUCCUAAUUGAAGGAGGUUUAUAUUGAUUUUUUUAUCAGAUGGGGAAGCAAUAUACAAGGUACAAAUUCGAGGAAGUUUGAAUGUUGAUUCAAGGUUUCGAUCUAAUUGAAUUAACCAUCUUUAAGUAUGCCCCCUGCACAACAACGAAUUGUGUCGAGGAAUUUACGCUAGUUGGAAAUGCAAAUACUAAAUCUCUAGGAAUUAUCAGUUCUACCAGUUUGUAAGGGAUUGUUUGUGAAUUUUCAAUUCUUUUUUUUCCAUGAAAUGGAAAACCUUGAUGACAGUCAUUGUCUCUUUACUUUAUUUGAGUGAGUUUCCUUUUAA